CAUCACCAGAGCCUCUUAAAAACUGUUUAGGCUCUCACAAGUGUAAGCGUAGUUUUAAUGUGUGCGGCUAAUUGUUACGCUGUUUUUGUAUGGAGGAAAAUCUUAUUAUUUGGUGAAUUAUCAUUUCCCAAUUACGGUAUCUAGCAUUUUUGACAUUGUACUUUAUCUUGAUCUGUAAGUGACUCAGAGAGUAUUAGUUUAUGGUGGCUACAUAAAUGUAAUAAAUCAAGGCAAUUCUACUAUACUGCGAUCUUUGCCUCUAUGUGAUUAAAUUUUAUGAAUGCUAAUAACUGAGUCAUUUGUUAUUCACCCUGGGGUGGUUUUUUUAAAUGAACAUGUGCCGAAUGCUAAUUGACUUUGUUUUGCAGACUAUCCUUCCUGCUGCUGCUCAAGAUGUGUAUUACAGAGAUGAAAUCGGCAAUAUAUCUACCAGUCACCUUCUGAUCCUGGAUGACUCAGUGGAAAUGGAGAUUCGCCCUCGUUUUCCACUGUUUGGUGGUUGGAAGACACAUUAUAUCAUUGGUUAUAACCUACCAAGCUAUGAAUACCUCUUUAAUCUUGGUGAUCAGUAUGCCUUGAAGAUGAGGUUUGUUGACCAUGUCUUUGAUGAGCAAGUUAUAGAUUCACUAACUGUGAAAAUGAUCCUUCCAGAAGGUGCCAAGAAUAUCCAUGUGGACAGUCCAUAUGAAAUCAGCCGGGCUCCCGAUGAGCUUCACUACACCUAUUUGGACACAUUUGGCCGCCCAGUUAUUGUAGCACAUAAGAACAACUUAGUAGAGCAGCACAUCCAGGAUAUUGUGGUGCACUAUACCUUUAACAAGGUCCUGAUGUUGCAGGAACCUCUGCUAGUAGUUGGGGCCUUCUACAUCCUAUUCUUUACUGUGAUCCUUUAUGUGAGGCUGGACUUCUCCAUCACUAAGGAUCCAGCAGCAGAAGCUAGGAUGAAAGUUGCCUGCAUUACAGAGCAAGUUCUCACUGGAGUGAAUAAGCGACUGUGUCUGUACCGCCUUUUUGAUGAAGCUGUGAAUAAGUACAAGCAGUCGCGGGAUAUUUCUACCCUGAAUAGUGGCAAAAAAUCUCUGGAGACUGAACAUAAAGCCUUAACCAGUGAAAUAGCCUCGCUGCAAUCCAAACUGAAGGCCGAAGGCUCUGAUCUGUGUGAUAAAGUCAGUGAAAUUCAGAAACUUGAUAGCCAAGUCAAGGAGCUGGUUCUGAAAUCAUCUGUGGAGGCAGAGCGGCUGGUUGUUGGCAAACUCAAGAAGGAUACGUACAUAGAGAACGAGAAGACCAAUUCUAACAAGCGUCAGGAGCUGAUCGGCAAAAUCGACAACAUUCUUGAUGCACUAUAAGUGAAAAGUGAAAAGCUCGGGGUGGGUUGGGAACAGGUACAAGUCAGUUGUAUGGGCAUGCUGAGCCACACUAAGUUGGAAAGUGGGAGUUGGAGAAAUAGAACUGCCCUUCAUAAUUGGGUCAAGGGAGAAUUCAUUUUGGAAACUAUCUUCAAAAUUGUGGUUUUAAUUAUUUUAGAGCCUGUUUGCUCUACUAGCUAGAAGAGGUGUGUGUAUAACAUGUCCCAGAUUUACUAUGACCAUGGUUCUUCCAUAAAACUCAGAUCGCUAGUAACAAGACUUCAGAGGUUCCCUGGUUAGCAGUAGGGAUGCAUGGAUACAGGCCUCUGCUGGCACUGAAUGUCUCAAUGGGAGAGAAGAAAUACAAUUGAUUUGUUCAAAGGUUUGGUGGCAAAGCUUUCCACCUUCUGUACUGCACCUUUGAAUUCAUACUUCUGUAUUUUAUACUUCUGUACGGGGCUCUGCAUAAAUAACUUGAACAAAGUGUUUUUUUUUACUAUUUGUUGCACAAAAUAAGAUUCUUACACCUGAACUUUUUGAGACUCAAAAUGACAGCAUCAGCUAGAGCCUGGUGGAAGCAAAAAGGGUGGAUGAGGUUCAUUUGCUUAUAAACCUAUACAUUUCCUCAGAUGGCUUGUUCCUUUUUGUUGUUCCUGUUUCAUAGGAAAUACCAAACUGAAAUAAAGGCUUGUGGAUGUUC